CUUAGUGGCCAGGAGGAGCGGAGGUGGGGGGCGUGGGGGCGUGCCUGGAAACAGGCCUUCUAUUGGCAGGCGAGACCGUCCCAGGUGCUCCCGGCGCUGGGGGAGGGCCUAGGCCUGCUGGGGGCCUGUUCGUGGUUGGAUGGGGCCUGGGCAGGGGGUCUCGCAGCCCGGCCUGCCCCUGGCCCAGCUGGCUCCUGACGGGGGUGCGUUCUGUGCAGCUUGGGCUGUGUGUCCCUGUGUCCGUCUGGGUGGGCGGGGCCUGGAUCUGGAGGCCCUAGCCCUCCUUGGACUGGGAACCCCCUCCCGCCCCCCCACCUUGGGACUUCCUGAAGAAGAUUCGAGGAUGAAACUGGCUUUUCAGGUUUGGCCCAGCUAGAUGCUGGGUUCUCCCCACCCCGCUGAAGCCAGCCCUAGCCCCCUAGAGAGCCCCCAGAAAUCAGGAGGAAGGAGAGGAACCCAGCAGCUGUCUGGGGUCCACGAGGUCCCCCCACCCCCCUUCCGGGAGCCCCCUGGGCUGCCCCCCCUGCCACCGGGGGGGGGGGGGGGCUGUUCUGGGCCAGCUGGGCUCUUUUCCAUGAGAACCAGGCAGAGGUAGUAGGUGGGCACAGGAGUCAGUGGCCCCACAUUCCGGGCCCCAGGCCCCAUCCCAAGCCUUCCAAGCGGCCGAUCAGUGUCCCACGGCGCGGACCGGCUGACUGAGGGCGGCCGAGCUGGAGGAUGGCUGGGACCGUGUUCCUCGCGCCAGUUAGUGUCCCAGCCCAGUGGCUGUCCUUGGGAACUCCGGUUCUCAGGGGGCCUUGGCUCAGAGGUGCUCACUCAGGUGUCCUCUGCCUUCCAGCACCUCCCUCAGGGUCUUCUCAGCUCCCAGCCCCGGCUCUGGGCACACCCUGUUGCUCUGUUCCCUGGAUGUGAGGUGCUCCCCUUCUGGCUCCGGUCCACGACUUCGGUGUCUGUGACAGGAUCCACUUUCUGCCCGAGGAUCGUGUUCCCUGACUUCUGCCUAUUUUCUGAGUUGGGUGUGUUGGGUGUGUUGGAGGAUGACCCCCUCCUCCCUGAACUGAGAGGCUCUGGGUCGGGAUAGGGUGGAGUUGGGGGCCCAGAUGGGAUGCCCCCCCCCCCCGGGGGGGCUGUGGCCAGCGCCAGCUAGGCGGGCACACAGGUCCCUUGGACCCCAGCUCCUGGGCAGACACUGUCCAAUGCUUCGAGCCCCCUUGGAGUCACCAGGUGGUGACUGGCCUCUCAGGGCCUCUGUGUUCUUAUCUGGAAGGUGGCUAUAGAGGACCCUUCCCAGGGGCUGUGUUAGGUCAGCAGGCUCUGUUGGAGCCAGGUUUCAGGCCAGUGUGCCAGGCUGCUGAUGACAAGCCGUUUCCGCUCUUACAACAGACUCCAGGACUUGGCUUCCGUCCCCUCCCUGGACCUCUCCAGUGCUCUCCAGGAGCUGGCCCAUCCUGGGAGGAGGUCGCUAAGCCCGAGGGUGUCAGGUCCUUGGGGGAACUUCUGGGGGCGCUGACCUGGGGCCCGGCUGCUCACCUGCCCUUGACCCAGGCAGACUAGACUGGUCCCUGUACACCUUGAGGGAGGGUUCCCCUAGCCCCGGAGCCCCAGCGAGGCCGCAGGCUGUUGGAGCCAGAAUUGGCCAUAAAUAGACUCCGCCCCCUUGCUGAUGGACUCGGGCCGUCCCGCAGCCUCUCUGAGCCUUGGGGUGCGCUUGCCCUGUCGGGUACUGUCGCAGCCAGUGGGGUCAGGGGCUUUGGUUCUGGCUGUUGGUGACCCCCGGGUUUGGACGGUACCCCUCCCCGGGACUUGUGCUCCCUCUGCACCACCAUCCCUGGGGAGGUCCCUGAGUGUAAUUAUCUCUAGGAAUUCCUGUGCCUUCGGGGGACCGCCUGAGCUGGGAGCCUCCGGUUCUGUUACUGGCCUGCAUACCUGUUUGGGGUGAUGUCUGUCCCGUGAUAGGUGACGAGGGAAGGUGGGAUUGAUGGGUCUCGUUGGGGAUGGGCAGAGGGGCACUGUGGGGCCAUCAGCGAGGUCUUGGGCCUGCCCUGCUGCUGUCGGACCUCGUUUCCUUCACGGACAAGAGGUGAAGUCUGGGAGGGUUGAGGACGACUGAGGACCCGACCAUGACCAAUUUCAGCUUUUAUGCCAUUUAUACGUGAGACAAAGAGGCAGAGAGAGAGGUGGGUGACGUGCUUUGCUGCACAGUAGCAGGGGGUGGGGAAGGCCUGUAUUCUGGGGUGCCGAGGGCAUCUGUUCGAUGGGGUGGAACCGAAGUGUGAGGGUCAGAGGUCAGGGCUGUGGUGUGGAGGCUGGAGGAUUUGGCCCCUCCUGGGAUCUCGCUCAGGUGAGGCAGGACGGGUCUGGGCGGGUGUCCUGGGGUGGGGCCCAUUGCUCCUACUGACCUUGGUGGUGGGCGGUCCCCUGGGCAGGGCGGGGCCAGGGUGUGGCAGGUCUUGUCCUGGGGCUGGGCGGUCCCCGCUGCCCACCCGGCCUCCGGCUGCCCACCCGUUUCAUGGUGGCUCUGGCCGCUGUCUAAGCUGAGCCGGGCCACACCUGCCGCCCCCCCCCCACCGUGUCCUCCUGCCUCUUGGUCACGGCCUCCCACACUGGGCAUCUCUGCAGGCUCCCAUCUCCAGGAUCCUCCCAUGGCUUCUGCUCCGGUCCUACAUGCUCUUGGGCCAGUGCACUCCCCACCCCUUGCCCCCGCUUUGGCUGCCCUCAGGGAGUUCCCGGGAGCCGGCAGGCAGGGACCAGCCUGGCUGUUGGGUCCAGCUGUGUGCCAGGCGCUGCUGUGGUCCCUCCUUUUCAGAGGAAGAAGUGGAGGCUUACGGAGGGUUGCAUGUGGUGAAGACGAGCAGGUGUGCCCAAUGUCUCAGGCCAGGCUCUCCCCUGGCUUCCCAGCUCCCUUUCCCCCCGCCCCCAUCCAACCCCUGCACCGGCCUCUCAUCCCCAGGGCAGGAACGGGCUUCAGUAGGACCUGCCCCUGUUCCCCACCCAGCCCUCUGCCCUGAGGCUGUCCAUUGAAAGCAGCCCUCGCGGUCCUCUGACCCGGUGGGUCCCCCUCGUCCCCCAGCCUGGUCUCGGGCCCUCAUCCAUCGUGAGCCCCACGCUUGUCCUGUGCUGCCCGGCGUGCCUGGGUGUCAUGUCUGCCCCUGUUUUGUGCCCCUGGCUGGGCUCAGGCCCCACUCGUAGCAUUUACUAAGCCGCUGUGUGCACUUUCUACUUACAUCUCCACACCCAGUGCGGGGUCUCCUGGUGGGGCUGGACCCUGGGUGGGCAGCCUUGACUGCUGCCAGCCUGACUCAGAUGCUGUGUGACCCCAGGCCGUCAGGCCCUCCCCGGGCUGCGGUUUCUUCCUGCCCUGAGGGGGGUCAGUGGAGCAGAGAUGCUGUUGGGAUCUCCCCCGGAGGGGUUGGCUGGGAACAAGAGCCCACUGUGCGCCUGGGGGAGGCCUGGACACUGGGCCACUGUCUCCUCUGGGUGGGCACUCUUUGUCCUCUGGGCCUGCCCCCUCUGCUGGGGCCCACUCUGGGGCACCCCCCUUAUGAAUCCCACCCACUUGAGGCCCAGAUGGGGAACUGUGCACACAGGGGUGGGGCAGACCAGGAGCCCGCAGCACGGGGGCCCUGUGGGUUACAGAACACCCCCCACUGCCCCUAGAACAGGAAGGACUUGGGUGGAGGUGAGGGCCACCGUGAGAUGUGGGCAGACGGGCACAGGGACCGGGUGCCUCCCUCGUGAGCUCAAUGGCCCUUGUGUUCCUGGGGCUUCCUGGAGGCCCAGGCUAGCCGGGGUGGGGAGUGUCCCUGUGUACCUCACCACCCUUUUCCCAAUUCUUGGCUUGUGCUGUCCCUGCCCCGACCUCGUCCUGGGGUCCGCCCCUCCUCCCAGACCCAGUUGAAGGGUCUUUUUUGGGAACUCUUCAUCACUCCAGAUCCUGAGGACUGGCCCAGUGUUUCCCAAGCAGCGGCUCGGACCAGGCCUGCCUUGGACACCGCGGGCCCAGCAGGAACAGGGCAGCCUACACGUGGAUGGUGCCCCGGGCUGUGCCCGGGAAUCCGGGGCUGGGAGCAUCUGCCAGGGGUGGGGCCAGCCUUCUGACCCAGGCUGUGUGCAGGGGCCCGUCGUGCCCCUCUGGCGCCAUGAGCGAGGCCCGCAGGGACAGCACCAGCAGCCUGCAGCGCAAGAAGCCGCCCUGGCUGAGGCUGGACAUCCCGGCGGCAGCACCCCCAGCGGCGGAGGAGCCUGGCUUCUUCCAGGUAGGCCCCGGCCGGCAGGGGCUGGGGGGGUGCCCUGUCCAGCCUCCUCACUGCGACCCCGCCGCCCAGCCCCUGAGACGCCAGGCUUUCCUGCGGAGCGUGAGUAUGCCCGCCGAGACCGCCCGUGUCCCCUCGCCCCACCGUGAGCCCCGGCGGCCCGUCCUGCAGCGCCAGACGUCCAUCACACAGACCAUCCGCAGCCGACAGGUGCGCUUCGGGCGUGUCCACACUCUGCCCCUCUUGGGUCCCCCCGCUGCCCGCAGGGCUCUCCCACAGCGCCGGUCUCUUUCUCGGUCCCUGCUCAGGGGCACCGCGGACUGGUUCGGGGUGAGCAAGGACAGUGACAGCACCCAGAAGUGGCAGCGGAAGAGCAUCCGUCACUGCAGCCAGCGCUACGGAAAGCUGAAGCCCCAGGUCAUGCGGGAGCUCGACCUGCCCAGCCAGGACAACGUGUCUCUGACCAGCACAGAGACGCCCCCUCCGCUGUAUGUGGGCCCGUGUCAGCUGGGCAUGCAGAAGAUCAUAGACCCCCUGGCCCGGGGCCGGGCCUUCCGCGUGGCGGAUGACACGGCCGACGGCCUGAGUACCCCGCACACACCUGUCACGCCGGGUGCCGCUUCCCUCUGCUCCUUCUCCAGCUCCCGCUCGGGCUUCAGCCGGCUCCCGCGGCGACGCAAGCGCGAAUCCGUGGCCAAGAUGAGCUUCCGGGCAGCCGCGGCCCUGGUGAAGGGCCGCUCUCUUAGGGACGGCACGUUACGCCGGGUGCAGCGCCGGAGCUUUACUCCCGCCAGUUUCCUGGAGGAGGACACGGCGGACUUCCCCGACGAGCUGGACACGUCCUUCUUUGCCCGGGAAGGAGUCCUCCAUGAGGAGCUGUCCACGUACCCGGACGAGGUGUUCGAGUCCCCUUCGGAGGCCGCGCUCAAGGACUGGGAGAAGGCCACCGAGCAGGCCGACCUCACGGGUGGGGCCCUGGACCGCAGUGAGCUCGAGCGCAGUCACCUGAUGCUGCCCCUGGAACGAGGCUGGCGGAAGCAGAAGGAGGGGGGCGCAGCAGCCCCGCAGCCGAAAGUGCGGCUGCGGCAGGAGGUGGUGAGCGCUGCGGGCCAGCGGCGGGGCCAGCGCAUUUCCAUGCCCGUGCGCAAGUUCUUUGCCCGGGAGAAGCGGCCGUACGGGCUGGGCAUGGUGGGCCGGCUCACCAACCGCACCUACCGCAAGCGGAUCGACAGCUACGUCAAGCGGCAGAUCGAGGACAUGGACGACCACAGGCCUUUCUUCACCUACUGGCUCACCUUCGUGCAUUCGCUCGUCACCAUCCUGGCCGUGUGCAUCUAUGGCAUCGCGCCCGUGGGCUUCUCGCAGCACGAGACGGUGGACUCGGUGCUGCGGAACCGUGGGGUCUAUGAGAACGUCAAGUACGUGCAGCAGGAGAACUUCUGGAUCGGGCCCAGCUCGGAGGCGCUCAUUCACCUGGGCGCCAAGUUCUCGCCCUGCAUGCGCCAGGACCCGCAGGUGCACAGUUUCAUCCGCGCGGCGCGGGAGCGGGAGAAGCACUCGGCCUGCUGCGUGCGCAACGACCGGUCGGGCUGCGUGCAGACGUCGGAGGAGGAGUGCUCGUCCACGCUGGCAGUGUGGGUGAAGUGGCCCCUCCACCCCAGUGCCCCAGACCUUGCCGGCCACAAGAGGCAGUUUGGCUCUGUCUGCCACCAGGACCCCAGGGUGUGUGAUGAGCCUUCCUCGGAGGACCCCCACGAGUGGCCGGAUGACAUCACCAAGUGGCCGAUCUGCACCAAAAACAGUGCCGGGAACCACACCAACCACCCGCACAUGGACUGUGUCCUCACGGGCCGGCCAUGCUGCAUCGGAACCAAGGGCAGGUGUGAGAUCACCUCCCGGGAGUACUGUGACUUCAUGAGGGGCUACUUCCACGAGGAGGCCACCCUGUGCUCGCAGGUGCACUGCAUGGAUGACGUGUGUGGGCUCCUGCCCUUCCUCAACCCCGAGGUGCCUGACCAGUUCUACCGCCUGUGGCUCUCCCUCUUCUUGCACGCUGGGCAAGUGAUACCAUGUGGGCUGAGCUGUGCCAGGAUCCUGCACUGCCUGGUGUCCGUCUGCUUCCAGAUGACCGUCCUGCGGGACCUGGAGAAGCUGGCCGGCUGGCACCGCAUAGCCAUCAUCUACCUGCUGAGUGGGGUCACUGGUAACCUGGCCAGUGCCAUCUUCCUGCCAUACCGGGCAGAGGUGGGCCCAGCUGGCUCCCAGUUUGGCAUCCUGGCCUGCCUGUUCGUGGAGCUCUUCCAGAGCUGGCAGGUCCUGGCGCGGCCCUGGCGAGCCUUCUUCAAGCUGUCGGCGGUGGUCCUCUUCCUGUUUACCUUCGGGCUGCUGCCCUGGAUCGACAACUUCGCGCACAUCUCAGGUUUCAUCAGCGGCCUCUUCCUGUCCUUCGCCUUCCUGCCCUACAUCAGCUUUGGCAAGUUCGACCUGUACCGUAAGCGCUGUCAGAUCGUCGUCUUCCAGGCGGUCUUUCUGGGCCUCCUGGCCGGCCUGGUGGUGCUCUUCUACUUCUACCCCGUGCGCUGCGAGUGGUGCGAGUUCCUCACCUGCAUCCCCUUCACCGACAAGUUCUGCGAGAAGUAUGAGCUGGACGCGCAGCUCCACUGAGGGGCUGCCCGGGGCCUCCCGGGCCCCCUGGGCCCGACCUUGGCCUGCGCACCCUGCGUGCGGCCGGCUGGUGCCCUGCACUGACCUCUUGUGCCUUGCUCACCGCGGUGGACUUCUCGUCCUCCAGGGCGUUUACUACACUAGUUCCCACGAUUACCUUCUAACGAGUUUUUUGACGACCACCUCGUGUGGCCAAUAAAUGCACCGGGAGCGUUUUAGCUGCCACUAACUUA